AUGGGCUUUAGAGAUACAGGCAUGAAGGCCGGGUUAGGAAAGACCAAGAAAGGUCCGUUGGAACUUUUAGAAGUCAUUUCUAUUUUUUUAUCCAUCGAGAACCCAAAAACAAAUUCCUUCAAGCCACCCCAUCAUCUUGGGCAAACUCUACAACGCCGUCGUUGUGAUAUAAUGCCGACGCUAUUCAUUUGUCGCCACGUGGCGACGAGCUUUUGCGCGUCAAGCGAUAAUGCUAUAAUAAUCAGAGAUGAGCUAUCAUAG